UUUUUGUUUACGAUUUUGAGAGGUGUGCUUGCAGGAGUUUCAGUCCUUUAGCAAGCUUUCCAUCACGUUGUUUAUUUACAUAUGUGGUAUCACCGGGCGUCACAGAAGCGAAGCGUGAAAACCUAAUGGCAGAAUAAUGUUUCAAAGACCAGUGUUUCAGAAACCAGGAGGUGAUAAGGAAUUCCUGAACGAAGAAUGGAUAAUCGAGGACAGAAGUGGCAAUGCGGAGUACAUGAACUAUGUGUACAAUCCAAACGUUUCCCUCUCUAUCAGCCAGCAGAGGGAAAGACUCCCAGUGUUCAGGAGCCGCAUGGAUAUCUUGUACCUUGUAGAGAAACACAGAGUUUUGAUUGUAACUGGGGAAACUGGCAGCGGCAAAAGUACGCAAAUUCCACAGUACCUCAUGGAAGCAGGCUGGGCGCAGAAGGGCCAGAUGAUUGGUGUCACGCAGCCCAGAAGAAUGGCGGCAAUAACGUUAGCGAGGAGAGUAGCCGAAGAAAAGGGCUGCAUGGUGGGGCAAGAGGUUGGUUAUUGUGUGCGGUUUGAUGAAUGUUUUGACAGGGAAAGGACAAGGAUCAAAUUUAUGACAGAAGGAAUCCUCGUCAACGAAAUUAUGACCAAUCCACUGCUACCCACAUAUUCUGUUCUCAUGCUGGAUGAAGCCCAUGAAAGGACUCUCCUGACUGAUACAUCUUUGGGACUUAUGAAGAAGAUACUUCUUAAGAGGCCAGACCUUCGUCUCAUUAUUUCAUCUGCAACACUAGAAGCAGAAGUUCUCAAACAGUUUUUCCACAGUGACAUUGAAAGCAAGCAUAUUUCAGCAGAGAUCCUGAGCAUUCAAGGAAGAGCAUAUCCUGUUGAAGUUUACUACCUGUCUAACCCAAUUCCAAACUAUGUGAAAGCAGCUGUUGAAACUGUUGUGAAAAUUCAUGAAACCCAACGCAUGGGCCAUGUGCUAGUGUUUCUAACAGGCCAGGAUGAGGUCGAAGAAGCUGUCAAUCUUUUGAAGGAAUAUUCAAGAAAUACAAAAAACACUCCUGGCAUUCCAAGCAUGUAUGUUUUGCCACUGUAUGGGUCACUACCUCAGUCAGAACAGAUGAAAGCUUUUCAACCCUUCAGCCCAAAAGUCCGAAAAGUUGUUGUGGCAACAAAUAUUGCUGAAGCAUCCGUUACCAUCAAUGGAAUUGUUUAUGUGGUAGACUGUGGCUUUGUGAAGCUCAACUUCUUUAACCCAAAGACAAGCACAGAUGCUUUGGUUGUGGUGCCUGAAUCACAAUCUUCAGCCACUCAAAGGGCUGGCCGGGCAGGCAGAGUGUCAUCAGGAAAGGUCUACAGAUUAUUCAGAGAGGAUGACUUCAAACAGCUUCCAGUGUUCACAACUCCGGAGAUACAGCGAAGCAACUUGUCAACCUUUAUACUUCAGUUGAAGUCACUGGGAGUAGACAACAUUGCACAUUUCAGCUUUCCUUCACCACCCCCUUCCAAAGUUGUUAUUAAUGCAUUAGAAUUGGACUAUGCCUUGGGAGCACUUGAUAAGAAUGGCAGCCUCACAGAAUUGGGAAUGAAAAUGGUCGUGUUUCCUGUACCAGCCAUGCAAGCAAAAAUGUUACUGGUAUCUGGAGAAUUUGGUUGCUCAGAGGAGGCACUGACAAUAGUUUCAAUGCUACAAAUAGAGUCCAUUUUCUUGUUUCCUUCGAACAGGAAAGCAGAAGCGAGGAAAGCAAAGUACAAAUUUUCAGUGCUUGAGGGAGACCUGCUGACUCUGCUGAAUGUUUAUAAUGCUUUCCUCCAAAAAGGUAAAAACAAGCAGUGGUGCGGCCAAAUGUUCCUGAACUACAAUGGUCUCUUGAGAGCUACUGAAAUCAGGAAUCAGUUGCGGAAGUUGCUGCAGAAACACAAAGUGCCCCUUGUCUCUUGCGAAGGAGAUACGGACUUGGUAUGCAGGUGUAUUGUGGCGGGGCACUUUGCCAAUGCUGCAUACCUGCAUUAUUCUGGAGAGUAUCGCACUGUCUGUGGGGAUCACCCACUGGCCGUACACCCUACGUCUGUGCUGUACACACAGAAACAGCCUAAGUGGGUUGUGUUUGGAGAGCUCAUCCACACCAGCAGAGAAUUCAUGAGGAAUGUAACUGUGGUUGAGUCAUCAUGGCUGUAUGAGCUUGCACCAGGGUUUUAUCAGUAUGGCACAGACACCGAUGCUGGAAGAGGAAGCAUAUUAUGAAGAUGUGUGUAAACGUACUUUAUUCAAAGCCGUGAGAACCAUCUUACCAAACCGGAGCCACUAGAAUCACCAGACCUGGAAUUCAUGAGAGGAAGUUUGGCCGAAUCCGAAUGCCAGUCACUGAAAUGAAGUUUCAGAAGCUGCUCA